AUGGAAUAUCUCUCUAGGAUUCUGGCCAAAGUUGGAAAGAAGAGCAACUCAUCUAAAGCUACAGUCAUUGCUGUGAUAUCAACUUUAAUUUUCGUGGUACUAAGCAUCUCCAUCUGCGUCUAUUUCAUAAGAGUGAAGAGGGCAAAGAAAAAGGUUACAUAUGGCCCCUCAUUUGAAGAAGAAGAAGAUAUUAUAAAUGAUGAGUUCUUGCAAUACGAUUUUGGCACAAUCAAUGAUGCGACGGAUAAUUUCUCAGUGGAAAAUAAACUUGGAGAGGGUGGAUUCGGUGCUGUUUACAGAGGUAGGCUUCCAAAUGGAGAGGACAUAGCCGUGAAAAGGUUGUCUACGGAUUCAGGCCAAGGAGAGCUGGAGUUCAAGAACGAGGUGUUGUUACUUGCCAAGCUUCAACAUCGAAACCUUGUCAAGUUACGCGGUUUUUGCUUGGAAGGAAGUGAAAGACUUCUUCUUUAUGAGUUCGUUCCAAAUGGAAGUCUCGAUCGCUUCAUAUUUGAUCCAAUCAAGCGUGCAAAUUUUGAUUGGGACAGUCGUUAUAAAAUUAUACAAGGCAUUGCUCGAGGUUUGCUUUACCUUCACGAAGAUUCUCGUCUAAGAAUUAUUCAUCGUGAUCUCAAAGCUAGUAAUAUUUUAUUGAACGAAGAAAUGAAUCCUAAUAUAUCAGAUUUUGGCAUAGCAAGAUUGUUUGUCCUGGAAGACCAAACUCAAGACAACACAAGACGAGUCGUGGGGACCUAUGGAUAUAUGGCUCCCGAGUACGCAAAACGUGGGCGAAUUUCAUUUAAAUCUGAUGUGUUUAGUUUUGGAGUAUUAUUACUGGAAAUACUGAGUGGACAGAGAAAUGGUUCUUUUCGUCAUGGUGAGAACACAGAACACCUAUUGAGCUAUACAUGGAGAAGUUGGAGAAACGGGACAAUUUCCAAUAAUCUUGUGGAUCCCCUAAUGAGAGUUGGUUCAGGAUCUCACGACAUAAUGAGAUGCGUACACAUUGGAUUGCUUUGCGGUCAAGAAAAUGUAGCUGAGAGGCCAACCAUGAAUUCAAUUGUUCUCAUGCUCAACAGCCACUCUUUUUCUCUUCCAAUACCCUCACACCCUGCAUUUCUCAUGCACAGUGACGCAUCAGCCAUGUCAUUAGCGUCCCAUCCAAAUUCAGGGGACUUGUUAGUUCAAGCAUCUCGAAAUGAAGCUACAAUAAGUGAACUACAUCCACGCUAGCGCGACCACUUGUCAUGAUUAAUAGGAUUGAGGUUCUUUCUUAAAACUAAUUGAUGUUAAAUAUAGAAACUCUUUCUUUUAUUAAG